AUGGUAGACAAUGCCGUCUUCGACUCUCAACAAUCUCGGCCAUUGCAGCAGACGUGGAUGCAGCUUCUACCUUACGAUGUAGUGGCACUCGUCCUCGAGAAUUUGAAUCAGCAUGAGUUAUUGGAGUGCAUGGCAGUGUGUGCAAGCUGGUAUCAUAGCGUGCCCUAUUACACGACAGAGCGGUGGCACACCGUCAAGAUCUUUCGUCACCGUGGAGGGCUAGGCAACCAUCGAUUGGCAAGGUGUUUAGGAGAGCAUGUGCGACGUAUAUCAUUAUCAGGAUAUGAGACACAACAUCAACUGAAUCAAGUGCUGGAAGAUCUUGUGGACCUCGGCUGUGUGUGGAUCGAAUCUCUCGAGUUCUAUGAUACCCAAGUCUGUGUCCAACAAUCCUUCUUUGCCUUGCUCUCCAAGUUAGCCAUCCAUGCAUUACGUCAAAUCGCCUUCCUCAGACAUCGUGGUGUCCUUGACUUUUUCAAAGUCGUUGCUGCUUGUCCUCAUUUGACAGUGUUUGAUUUUUCCGCCUCUGGUGAUCAAGGCGAAUUGGAAGCCUAUAGCAUGCCUUCAAGAUCCAAGAUCACUCACAUGUGCCUCAAUGGAAGACCCUAUGACAUCCAUCCACAGCUGGAAUUGAUUUUACGACAAUGUCCUCAUUUACGCUUUUUGGCCACCAACAAUCCAUGGAUUCGUUCACAGGAGAAUAUGGAUAAGCUUCUUCAAUAUUGCCCGAGGAUUGAAUACUUCGAAUAUGCACGACACACCCGCAAUGCACGACAUUAUCUUCAUGAGCAUAUUCAACGUCUUCCCAAUGAUCAGGAUGAUGGCUGUUUACGUGAGUUGGUAUUGGAUGGAUAUCGUGCAGGCAACAUGCCAGACCCUCAUAUGCUUACAACACUCGAGAUUCUUCGCUUGAAAACAACAUUGAUCAGAAACAUUCCUCCCUUUUCCCAAUCAUUGGAUCGGCUUUGUAUCCUCUCGUGUGAUCAAGUGCUAUGUGACCCGCCUAGUAUCCUUGCUUCGCUUAUUGAACAAUGUCCCUCACUCGAAGAAAUUACAUUGCGUGGAUUUCCUUUGAUCCCCGAGAUUUGUGAAGCUCUCAGCAACGUCUCUCAACUCAAACGCCUUUAUCUCUUUCGCAACAAUCACAUGAGACCAGGGGAAGGAAACAUAUUAUGGACAUUGCUUCAAAGUCUGCAUCAUCGACCACUGCAAUGUUUACAAUUGGAAGGCGUGUUGAAUGAUCAUUUGAUCGAGUCGUUGGCAUUACCAGGGAACGCUGCUCCUCAUCAUCAUCACCAUCCACAAUUGACUCAGCUUUCAAUCAGCAGCAAGUAUUUGACAGGUGGCGCUCUUGACAGGUUCAUCACGCGAUCAACUUGUGGUAUUUUGAGUAGGAUCAAGACAUUGGAGAUAUGUGAUAUCAACAUGAUUUCAAGAAUGAUGCUCGCUGCCUUGGGUGAUUUGGAUUACCUCGAACGUCUUGUGUUACGGCGUUGUCGAUACGUUGACGGCAAUGGCAUCAACGACCUACUUUUUCAUACCAAGGCAUUACACUCGCUCUGUAUUAUGCAUUGUGAUAUACCAGAUGGGAAGGAAACGAUUCGAUAUGCCAUCAAAAAGUUAGGAGAAGAAGCUGUAUUGUAUAUCCCAUGGAAAUUUGUUUCAUUUAAUAUAAAAGAGGAGCGGUGA